UGUAUGCAUGCAUAGGUAGAUGUAAGUACGCAUGGUGGCUGCGCCCACCGCGAUAUAAACCAGGUAACGGGUUAAAUAAAUCAGUUCGCUAACAGCUACGUUGUGUGUCACUUGUGCGCCCUCCCAUUUCAUAUCUAUCAGUGGCGACGAUUCGUUAAUUACCUCGCGUGUUAACUGCCGUGUAUCAUGGCAACUUCGAACUCGGUCGGCUUAUUUUCAAGUUUUAACCAUCAACAACAAGAGUGGCUUACUUACAAAAAUAGGCUUGAACAGUGGUUCAUCGCAAACAACAUCGACGAUGCAAGCGACAAAGCGGGUGUAAGAAGGCGCGCCAUCUUGUUAAGUGCACUUACCGAAAGCACCUAUCAAUUAGCAAGUAACCUUGCACUGCCCGGUGUUCUUGAAAACAAAAGUUACAGUGAAGUGGUACUGUUAUUGGAUGCGCAUUUUACUCCAAAGCGCUGCGUAUUUGCGGAGCGUUAUCACUUCCAUUCUGCGGUGCAGAAGGUAGGCGAAACAUCGGCGCAAUGGGCCGCGCGACUGCGCGGGCUUGCGGCGCAUUGCCAGUUCAAGAACAUUGAGGAGGCGCUUCUGGACAGAUUUAUCAUGGGCAUGCAGUCUGGUAAAGAGCGCGAAAAAUUGUUUUCGAAGGAGCUUGGCGAACUCACCCUAGCGAAAGCAAUUGACAUAGCUGAAAGUGUGCGGUGCGCUCGCGCCGCAGCCAGCGCGACCUUGGCUUCCACCGUGACGGCGGCGGUGCCCGGCGCUGAGAGCGUGUUAAAGAUCGGCGAGACUACAGCGGGUCGCGGGAAUAAGUGUUCUGUGUGCGGUCUAAGUAGUCAUAAAACGGAGAACUGUCGUUACGUAAAUUACAAGUGCAAAAAGUGCAAAAAGAAGGGUCACUUACGUAAGAUGUAUUGUGUAACCUGAAGUACGUUGAGUCAGAGGAGGUGAGCGAGGAUGAUGAUGGUAAGUUUUUUAAUAUCCGUUCGGUAAAGGGUGAACCCAUGAUCGAAACAGUAAUUAUUAA